AAGCCCUAAUUUACCAUUUUGGUUGAGUGAAGUCUCUCUCUCUCCAUCUCCGUCGAAACAAUGACUUCCUUGAUCGGAAAAUACGCUGAGGCGAAGACAUGCGUGUUCUGGGACACGGAGGAUUGCCCAAUCCCUAAAGGUCUGAAUCCUGAAUCGGUUUAUAGGAAUAUCAGAAGAGCUCUUGCGAAUAAGGGUUAUCAUGGUGAGGUGACAAUCUGGGCUUAUGGUGACAAGAAUCAGAUCCCAGGUUACUUUGAAUCCGCCGGAAUCAAGCUCGACCGCGCAGGGGUUCAAGAAAUUAAAGUCGAGAGAGUUGAAAGAAUGAGAAUUGGCAUUUUUGGGUGGGUAUUACAAAAUAAAAGUGAAGCAUUAAAUUUGUUUGUUGUCUCGGGAAACAACAUGCAUUUCUCCAUGGUUCUUGAAGCUUGCAAAGAGGGAAAACCUGGAAGUUGCAACAUUCUCUUAGCAGAACCUGUAAACAUACCAAGAAGAUGUUGCAGGACAGCUUUGGACAAACUUAUCAACGAGCAAGAAGGUGCAGAAUGGCUCUGGGAAACCCUAGCAGCUGCUGGGGAUCCUAUCACCACCACCACGGCUUAGUAACGAGAGAGAGGAUUCUGGAUCUGACUAGAGUGUAGUGUCUCUAAUUUAACAUCAAUCUCUUCUUGUUUUAUAAUUUUAUAUUCCCUUACUCUGUAGUCACUUUAUAAGUUGGUACAUUAUUACUAA